UUUUUGCAGAGUCAAAAGUGCAUAAUUUACUUUAAUAUUUUUGUAAAAGAAAAAAAAAAUUUUUUAGCAAAAUGAAAUUUCAAAUAUGUAUUAUUAUUUACUCAUUGGUUAGAUUUGUGAAUGGUGAAGUUCCAAUUAAUUUGGCAAAGCUGACUGAAGGAGCAUUCAACAUUUGGACAAUUUUAGAUUAUCACAUAAAUAAAAUGACAAACUACAAAAAAUUGAAUGACGAGUUUAAGAAUAUAUCUGAAAGUAUUACGAUCAGAAAAGUAAACACUUCUAAGACUAGCGAAAAAUUUAUAAGUGGUGUUAAAGAAAUUUUAGCGACAAAAGAAAUGUUAUUGAAAAAAUUGAAAGAAAACGUGACUGCUUUAAAAAAUGAGUACUCUUAUGACGAAAAAAUCGAUGACUUUGAUUACCCGACUUCAAGAAACAUGAAUGUGUCGAGUGAUAGCAAUACAAGUUAUGUUGUAGUAGUGAAAGAAUUUCCGACUGACGUGGCCAUAAAUAGAGAUAGAAGCUUUGUGCACGUUCCUACAAACAUAUAUGAAAAAAACAAAAAUGUACUGAACGUUGUGAAGUGGACGGAAAACCUUGAUGAUAUGUUCAUAGAAAAUCAGAAUAUCGACAACGCGACUAUUCUUCAAUACUAUUGCGACAAAUCAGGAAUUUUACGAAUGUAUCCAGGAAACCUAAAUGGGUUGAACGAAACUAGUGCUGAUUUAUACGAUUGUAGACGACGCUUAUGGUAUCAGCAAAGUUCUGCUAGUCCUAAAGACGUUGUUAUUAUUAUUGAUCGAUCAGGUUCAAUGACCGGAAAUAAUAUAGCAAUUGCAACGAUAGCAGCAAAAUCAAUUAUUGAUACGUUGGAAGAAAAUGAUUAUUUUAAUGUAAUUUCCGCCGGAAAUGAUUCAAGUGUUAUCAACCAAUGCAACAUAGAUUAUCUAAUUCAAGCAACAAAGUUUAAUAAAGAAAGAAUUAAGAAAGCAAUUGACAAUAUUGGAGUUCCAAAAGACGUUCUCAAUAUUCCAAACGCAAUCGAAAAAGCAUUUAAUGUCUUAUAUUCAGGUGCAAAAUACAAUCGAACUUAUUCAGCUGGUUGUAACAAACUAAUCAUGUUACUAAGUGAUAGUAUUGAAGGUGGUUAUUCAUCUACUGCCAAAAGUGUUUUUGAUAAAUGGAAUAGUGACAAGAGUGUACGUGUAUUUACCUACCUUGUUGGAAGAACUAAAAAUCCAGUAGAUCGUGUUUUAAAGGAAAUGGCUUGUAACAAUCGUGGUCACUUUUAUAAAAUUGAAACUCUUGGUAAUAUUUGGGACACAGUCAUUAAAUAUAUGGAAGUAAUAAGCCGUCCAAUCGGUCCUUACAACGCCGAAUUAAAACCAAAAGUAUCUCCGAUAUACUUAGACAGCACUGGAGCGGGAAUGGUAUUAACAAUGUCGGUUGGUGUUUUUAUUAAUGGAAAUCUUAGUGGUGUCGUAGGAGUGGAUAUGCUUAUACGAAGCUUAAAACAAAAAGUCCCUGUUUAUGAACUGGGUUAUUUUAGUCACACCAUUAUUAUAAAUAAUAACGGAUUUGUUAUUCUACAUCCCAAAAAUAAAAUUCAAAAUGAAUACCUCCCCCUUCCACCUAAUGUUUAUUUUGAAGAUAUAGAAUUUAGCGUGAACAAAAACGAUGCAAAGAAUUUAAAGGAGAGAAUGUUAAAAGGAGAAAAUGGUUCAUCAAGUUUUACAACUUAUUGGGUAUCUGAAAAUUACCGAAUGAUUGUUGAAAAUAAUAUUACUUAUUACUUUAGUCCGAUCAAUGGAACUAAUUUAUUUGCAUCUCUUGCAAUGAGUGACGUUGAUAUUAAUUAUAUUGAAUUAAGCAGGACAUUAUGUAAUGACCAUUUUGCACGCGGUUUAGAUGCAAUGUUAACUCCAAAUAUAACUGAAAAUGGGACCCAAAACAUACUUUAUACAUAUGUUGAUAUUCCGCCAUGGGAUUUUUGUAAUAUAGCGAUCAGUCGUAAUGAUGCUACUGUAGACGUCAAAGUAUAUCCAAAUACAAAUGAACUACAAGACUUUCUAAAAAGCUAUAGUACUAUUGAGCAAAUAACUGAAAGCUGUGAGGAAAAUUUAGUUUCAAAUUUGCUAGUUAGUGCUUCAUUAGUUUUUAAACAUGUAAAUGAAAGUUGGUACGAAUAUCUAGCAGAAAAACAACCUCUUGAUCCAGAUUUUACAUCUUUAUUUGUUGGAACAAGAGGAGGGUAUACACGCUAUUUUUUUAUCAACUCUACUGAUAUUUCUCGUCAACGUGACUUGUUGCGAGUUUCUAUUUUCGAGGAAGCUGUUGCUUUGCCUAAAGCUACUAUUAUUUUGUCUACUCCAACUCGAGAAAUUUUUAACGAUGAAAUUGUUUACAUCAAAGCUAAAGCUUCUUCAUGGAUAGAUAAGGUUGAAGGCCGAGUAUUGAUGGCAGUUACUGGAACCGAUAUGAAUUCGGAACUGUUAAAGGAAAUAAUGUUCAACGUCACUGAUUCACUUGGACUUAAAUGCCUGAGUAACAAUACCUUUACGUGCGCCCUCAUUGAUCAAAAUGGUUACAUUGUUGCAAGUAAUCAAGGAAAUAGGGCAGUAGGGCAAUUUUUUGGUGCAUAUCAUGCGCAACUUAUGGAGUUUUUUUCAAAAUCGGAUGUUGGAGUUUUCCGACAAAUAGCUAUUGAUGACGUCCAGGCCAUCUGUACAGAACCGAAAAACUCUAAUUCAAAUUCUAAUUAUUUGCUAUCUCCUGCGAAAACUUUAUUCCGAAUAUUUUUGUGGUUUAUUAGUUUGUUAUGGAGCUUUUUAGUUCAAACUUUUACGCAUGUAAUUUUUUUGCUGAAUCAGAACGAAGUUUUUUUACAAAAUACCAAAAAGAAUAACGUGAUAAACAUUACUUGCACAGAGCAAAUAUCUUUUUAUCUAUUUCAGAACGAUAAACGAGAAGAACUUUAUAAAAAAGAAGAUGAAAGUAAAAAACAGAAUAAAAGAAAUCCUUCUACUCUACGCAUUUUGUGUGCAAAUGGUAAAUAUCAGUAUUUUGAAUUAGUAGAUGUACCAAAUACUAAUCUUAUAUUUAUUGUCGUUAACUCACCUGACGCAAAUAGCUGCUUUAAACAACCAACGAGACUUCGAAAGCAAAUACCUCCUGAUAAAGACUUUUGCAAUCAGGAGGAAGCUUAUAGACUGUUUCCUGGAGUUUGUUAUAAUCAGAGUACUUUAACGGAGGAGUUGCCCGAGUUUUGUGGAGCUGGUGAGCUUCUUCAAUCAUCAAUUGUGAUGUUUCAAAUAAUAUUUUUAUGUUUUUAUUACACUUUAAGUUAAGGAGAUUAGAGGAAUUAAUACAUUUGAAUAUAAUUAUCUUUAAUGUUAUUAAACUAGAGAUAUAACAUUUUUUUCAUAGCAUUAAGAGUCUACAUAUUUCAUCAACAUAUUAUCAGUCAGACUACAUGUUUUAUCUGUCAGACUACACAUUAGAUAUGCCAGGCUACACAUUUUAUCUGUCAGACUACACAUUUUAUUUGUAAAAGAUUUUAUUUAAUUAAUUUAUUUAUCAAACUACACAUUUUACUUUUUAGAA